AGGAGACCUACAGCCUCUUCGUAACCCUUUUCGUAACUUUUUAUCUUACUGCAAACUUUACUUGGAAAUAAUGGAACUAGAUACUGCUCGUAACAGUAGCAACAGCAAUAGCAACUGCGACUAUAUGGAUGUCGAUUCUCCUGAAGAUCUACAAGGCUACCAUGUUGCUGGUCUCAUUGACGAACUAAAGCACGACGACGUGCAGUAUCGAUUGAAUUCCGUCAACAAGCUUCUUACUAUUGCCGAAGCACUCGGUCAGGAAAGGACUCGAGACGAGCUGAUUCCAUUUCUCCAGAAUGACUUGAUUGGUGAUGAAGAUGAAGUACUCCUUGCACUUGCUGAGCAAUUGCCCAAGUUAACGGCUGCGGUGGGAGGCCCGGUUUAUGCAACUUAUUUACUCCCACCAUUGGAAUCGCUGGUUUCUGUGGAAGAGGCAGUUGUGAGGGACAAGGCAGUCUGGGCGCUUUGUGAAUUGGCUCAAUCGUUAUCGCCAGAGCAACUCACUGAAUACUUUAUACCUAUGUUGAAACGACUUAGUACCGGUGAAUGGUUCACAAGUCGGGCAUCUGCUGCAGGGUUGUAUGCAGCGAUAUAUAAGAAAUGCGGCUCCAUGCAAAUUGAACUACAGAAUUCCUUUGCCCAAUUGAUACAAGACGCAAGUCCCAUGGUCAGAAGAGCUUCUUCCAAAGCAUUGGCAGACUUUACAGAGCAAAUGACUCCAGAUGAGGUCAUCAAUGUCAGUCUACCUUUAUUUUACAAGGUUGCUGGGGAUGAACAGGAUUCUGUUCGACUGCUAGCGGUUGACGAUAUGAUUGCCAUUGCGAAAAUGAUCACUGCAAGACAACGAUACGAACACCUUGUGCCAACAUUUGAUUCACUCACAGUUGAUUGCUCUUGGCGCGUCAAGUAUAUGCUGGCGACCAAGUUUGUAGAGGUGGCAGAGGCCUUUGGUAAUCCCAUUGUUCGCAGGGAGUUUACAACACCCUACCUUAUUCUUACCAAGGAUCCAGAAGCCGAAGUGCGAACAGCAGUGGCAGGGCAGAUCUCAGGUCUGGCGCAAUAUCUUGACAAGGAAGAAGUACUUGAAAGGUUAUUGCCAUGUGUGCAGGAGCUGACCAUGGAUACUAACGAAUAUACGCGUGCUGCUCUCGCUAAAGAAGUUAGCGGCCUGGCACCUAUUUUCGGGAAGGAAGCGGCGCCCAAGAAUAUUCUCCCUGUGUUUCUGCAACUCUUGAGGGAUGAUUCAUCAGUUGUGCGGCUCAGUGUUAUAUCUAAGCUUGACGAAUUGAAUGAUGUUGUUGGCAUGGAAUCAUUAAGUCAGUACCUCUUGCGAACUAUCAUGGAGCUUUCAGAAGAGAAAGAAUGGCGUAUCCGACUACAGAUCGUUGAGUGUAUGCCAGUAAUUGCAAGACAGUUGGGUGAGAGUAUCUUUGAUGCAAAGCUUACGGCACUGUGCAUGUCAUGGUUACAAGAUAAAGUAUAUGCGAUCCGUAAAGCCGCCACUACCAACCUCAAGAAUCUAGCCGAAAGCUUUGGGGUGGCAUGGACUAAAAAGACGGCUAUUCCACAAAUUCUAAACAUGGCUCACGCAGAGAAUUAUUUGCACAGAAUGACUACGCUUUUUGCGCUGACGCAAAUUGCCAAAGUGCUCCCGGCAGACGAUAUUAAAGAAGCAAUUAUCCCUACCGUGGUCAGCUUAUCCAACGAUUCUAUUCCAAAUAUCCGCUUUAACGUCGCUAAAUCCCUCGAGGAGCUUACGCCUUUGUUGCAACGACAAGAAAAGCAGGCUUCGGAAGAAAUACUCAAAAACACUGUUGUGCCUGUUCUCAACAAGUUAGCUCGAGACACUGAUGGGGAUGUGCGGUAUUUUGCUCAAAAGGCUUUGGAGAAUGACAAAGCUGUCAAGUCCAAUACCGGCGCUAUUGCAGAAAAUGGAAGCAGCCCUGAAGCUAAACUUUGAAUGCACUCUACAGUAAUAUACUCAUUUUUCCGACAUCUUUUAUCAUGAUUUACCA